AUGCUUAAUAGCUGGAAGGCGGCAAUAUGGGGGUCGAUUGAAAAUGACAAAAGGGGUGAUAUGUUGUCUGAAUGGGCCGCAGACCUAGAUUUGGUUUCACUAAAUCAUGGAAAUACUCCUACUUUUUCCCGAGGAAACAGUUCAUCACAUAUAGAUGUCACCUUUGUCUCAAAUGAUAUAAACAAAAUGUUUGGGAGUUGGCAAGUACUGGACCAAGAAACAUUGUCUGAUCACAAUUACAUCUUCUUUGAGAUACCGUCUUUAGAAACACAAAAAGUAGCUCCUGAAAAAAUUAUUAAAGGAUGGAAAAUAGAAGAAAAGAAAAUCCAAUACUUCAUAUCUGAGAUAAAACAAAAAAUACGAGAAGAAACAGACACCCUAAACCCUCAAGGUCUCAUGGCGGCUAUUAAAAAGGCUUGUCAACGCACAUUUCAGCCCACAUACAACUAUAGUGGAAAGAGAAAACCAGUAUACUGGUGGUCAUCACAGAUCAGUGAGGCCAGAAAAGAAUGUCUUUGUAAAAAGAGAUACAUGACAUGUGCAAACAGAAUAUCCGGAAGCACAGUCGAAGAAAGAGAGAAAGCAAGAGCCGAAUAUAAAGAAAAAAGAAAUUACUUGAAAAAAAUGAUAAAAGACGCGAAGAAACACUCCUGGAAAACUGUUAUAGAGGAAGUUCAAAACGAUGUUUGGGGAAAAGGCUACCAAAUAGUGACAAAAAGAUUUCUACUAAGACCGAAAACAGAAAUCUCACAGGAUAUCAUACUUAAGGAAGCAAGUGGACUAUUUCCAAAAUAUGAAAUACCCCCUUGCCGAAUAUUGACAUGGUGA